AACUUUUCGACGCUGCGGAAACACCUUAACCUCCCUCAGCCAUCUUCAUGUACUACCACUGACUUCCGGACUCGUGCACCCAACUGGCCCUCGUUGCGCUGUCGUCUUCGCCGUCGCACCAUCGUCACCUAUUCGCGACCAUUGUGCACCAUCAACACCCCCUCCCAGCAUCUUUGUUGCCGCCUGUGGCAUCCAUCUAGCCUGGCGCUUUGUUCCUCGCCCAAGGUCCCACACACGUCAGAACUCCCUAAUCCUGUCGCGUGGACACACAGGUUUCGCGUUGUCCUCCUUAUCCUCUUGCUCUCUUGUCCAGCCCGCCACCCAUCCUCUCAUCCCUUCUCCGCCAACAGGCUCAAUCGCCUCAAGCCAAAAGCCCACAAAACAAAGAACAGAAGACAAGAAGCCGUUUUUCAUCUCCCAUUGCUACAUACAUGAAUGGUGGUCUCCAGUUUUCCGGCGCCAGAUAUGAGGCUUGGUGGGUAGAGGAAGCCACAGCCAACGUCCCUCCAUAUCAUGGCUCCGAGUGCUAGCUAUGGGGAAUUUUUCCCCAACGCGCCUCGUGCUGCUAGAGACAAGGCCCAUGAACGAGAACGCGAGCGAUAUAGCAAGGCUCUCGAUACCCCCGACAGCCGUCCUAGAACUGCUACUCCGGCUCUCAACGAUUCUAAGCACGACUCGUCCAUAUCGGACUCUGCGCAAGCCUCAAAUCAAGAUACACAUGCCGAGUACCCGCAAGGAGACAUGCUCAAUAGUGUCGGAUCCGCCAGUUCUCGUGCGAGCACUACCUCCUCUAUAUUUAGCUCUCAUAAUAACACAUCUGCUGUGAAUGCCACUGCGCAUGGCCCGAAGAAGAACGAUAUCACCCCGCUAACUGUAAUCGGUUCACCUUCAUAUCACCACAACAUCAACAACACCACGCAGCCAUCCAAGGAGCAUAACGCCACCGCUUCUACCUAUGACGGCAAAACUGACUCUACGAGCCUCGCUACCGCUAUGGAGCGGUCAGCCACUCCCCCCAGUGUCGCCAAGCGCCUCCCGGCCCGAGACCCCAACCGUACCAUACAGGGCAUGAGAUGUGUACACGAUCCGUCAACUGAUAAGACAUUAUCGUCGACAGAAAAGAAAACCAUGAAACCGAAAUAUAAAGCUUUCGGCUCGGAAGAUGACGCCCCCCCUCCCGACCCGCGCCUCUCAAAGGGCAGCUGGCUGGACUACAUCAACGUUGAUUUUCACCUUCCCAAGGCACGGCUACGUCAGACGCCGUACAACCUCAAGCCUUACAAUUAUGACCCGGCUACCUCGAUCGGGCCCGGGCCGCCUACUCAGAUUGUGGUCAGUGGCUUCAACCCAUUAAUCACCUUCUCAAAAGUCGCAACUAUUUUUGCCUCUUUUGGCGACAUAGCCGAGAGCAGCAACAAGAUGCACCCCGAUACUGGGAGCUACCUGGGAUUCGCUACUUUCCGUUUUCGGGAUGCAAAAGCCCAGCACAGGCGACCAGCGAUGUCUGCGGUUGACGCUGCGAAGAGAGCUGUAAGGGCAAUGAAUGGACGGAAGAUUGAGGCCCAUCAUGUUAAAGUUGAGUUUGAUCGUGAUGGGAAGAAGAGUAGGCAGAUGCUUGAAGCAAUCAUCAAGAAGGACCGGGAGGAGAUGGCCCGAGCUAUGGCUAUACCCACCGUACCUGUAGGUCCGAGAUCACGGGUCAACACUAUGUCCCCUUCGCCAUGGCCUCAGGGCGAUAGUCACGUUAGUACGAGAUCCCAACCCGAUGGGUUCUCUCGACCUCCCCCUACUGCGCCGAAGGGCCCUGCUGCUGAGCGACAACGACCGCCACACGCCGACUCAACGAAUUGGACGCUUGCGGCGAAGCCGAAUUCAUUUUUAGCCAGUGCACCCUCUAUAGCAACCACACUGAGAGGCGAACCUUAUAUCUUUGUACCGGAGUCAAGCGUCCCAGUAAUGGUGACGACUGUUCCACACAUGAAGAAGCGCCUGAAAUCUUACUUGUUUGACGAUAUUCUUACAGAUCGCUUGGGGUACUAUAUCAUCUUUCCUAAUACAACUAGGGGUCACGAGGAGGCUUGCAGGUGUUUUCAAUCUGCAAAUGGAAGUGCAUUUUUCACCUAUAGUAUGGCGAUGAAAUUGCACAAUGCCACCCUUCAAAGCUCAUCACAUCAAGGUUACCCACGGCCUAGUGAUCUUGAAAGGCGGCCAGUCGGAGACGUACGGUAUCGAGAGGAGCACCAAUACCGACCUCGUGAGGAACGGCGCCAACUUGAAGAUAGUAUCCUCGAGGAAGAGAAGAAGCAGCGGGCUCAUAAUUUUGAUCCUGUUACUGAGGCUAUCGAAGUGGUUCGCCGUGAGAUGAUGGAGCAUUUAAUUAGGCAUAUACGGACCAAAGUUGCUGUUCCGGCUCUUUCUACUUUCUUGGACCCUGGAAACCACGUGGCUAAGAGGCGCAAGUUGAACAUUGAGGAUCCAGUUGGGCCCCUUAAGCCCAUUAUCAGUAUCGAAGAUCACGAUGUAUCGCCUAUUAGCACUCCUAAUUCUCGUGCUGAUCCUAUUGAACGCAGAACAGCGCGUCUUAACAUCACUGCUCUUCCCCGAAUUAGGAAAGUGAAAGGGCACGGCGCUGCUCAGCGCAAUCGUGGUUUCACAGAUCCAUUCGCACGCAAACGACCGUCUGUAGUGCGCAAUGCUUUCCGCUCUUUGCAUCAUCGUCUGCAGCCACCAGAUAGCGAUGACGAGGCGUCUGAAGGUGAAGGCGAAGGCGACGUUCGGGACUCUAUCGCGCGCGAUACAGAGGAGGUUGAGUCACGUCCUCGCAGCCGCAUGAGUACAGACGAAGAUGCGUUUGAGGACGGGUUUGGCGACGAAGACUCUAUGACGGAUGCUAGCUUCUUGGUUAAUGACGGUAUUGUCAAGACCAAGAAGAGAAAGCUCGAUCUUCAAGUGGAGGCUGCUAUUAAACGCCAAAAGAAGUCCGACGAGGAACUCUUUGGUGUUACAAUUGAUACGCUUGAACAUGAGUUCCCUAGUGCUACUGAAGAUACUAUUCUUCCAGACGCUGAUUUAGCAGAUACGAAAGAAGCAGCGGCGGUAGAGACACUUACACCCCUCGAGAAACCUAGCAAAGGCAAAAAGAAGACUGCAACUAAGGCUAAAAAGAAAACGAAGAAGCAACUGUUCGAGGAGCGAGAGGCCAUGAAAAAGAAACAAGAGGAUGCAUAUGUUGAAGAAGCGCUUGACCAGGCACAGAAACAAGAAGCUUCAGCGUCUGAAGAACCGGUCCAGAAGCCAUCUGUUGUUGAAGAGAUCGAGGAAUCACUACCUAAAGAUGAUCGUUAUUCUGACAAAGUGGUCUCUGCCAUGCCCAUCUCUUCCACAUUCAAACUGGCAGUUGAGACAAUCCCUGAUCUCCAAUUUGGACCAAAAGAUCAGCCGGAUAUUAGCAAACUCAAAAAGAAGACAGCCCCAAGUGACAUUGGAGAUCCUCGCUUAUGGAUAUGGAAGCACAAUCGUAUACGAGAACUUAACGCUCAGGAAUCAUUGCCGCCUAAUAGCCCACUCACGAUUGAAGGCUACUAUGUCCCCAAUGCGACGGGUUCUGCUCGUACCGAAGGUGUGAAAAAGAUCCUAAAUUCCGAGAAAUCAAAGUAUCUGCCCCAUCACCUUAAAGUCCAGAAAGCCCGGGAAGAACGACAACAGCGAGCUGCGAAGAAAGAUACUAGAGAUGCUGUUGCUGCUGCUGCCGAAGCGGCCAAACUUGCUGCCGAGAAAUUGCUUGCCAAAGGGAAUUCAAGAGCCAACCGUGCCAAUAACCGACGUUUUGUGGCCGAUUUGAACGAUCAGAAACGGACAUUAGGCCAAGACUCCGAUGUGUUGCGAUUCAACCAGCUUAAGAAGCGGAAGAAGCCUGUCAAAUUUGCGCGUUCUGCCAUUCAUAAUUGGGGACUUUAUGCUAUGGAGAAUAUCAACAAAGACGACAUGAUUAUCGAGUAUGUAGGCGAGCAGGUCCGACAACAGAUUUCCGAGAUUCGGGAGAACCGAUACCUCAAGAGCGGUAUAGGCAGUAGUUAUUUAUUUAGAAUCGAUGAUAGUACGGUCAUUGAUGCCACAAAGAAGGGCGGCAUCGCUCGGUUUAUCAAUCACAGUUGCAUGCCCAAUUGCACGGCCAAGAUUAUCAAAGUGGAGGGCAGCAAACGGAUCGUCAUCUAUGCACUCCGAGACAUUGCUCAGAACGAGGAAUUGACCUACGAUUACAAGUUCGAGCGUGAGAUCGGAAGCCUGGACCGUAUACCUUGCCUCUGCGGCACUGCGGCGUGUAAAGGGUUCCUCAAUUAGCCCGUGUUGCUUAGCUUCUCAUCAAUCAUCGACGUCGGCCGGGAUUGGCCCUAUAGGAUAGGGACCUUCCCCUAUACCCACUCUGUCUGUCGCACAAUUGCUUUCUUCAUUUCAUGUUUCAAUUG